AAUGCCGAAUUUAAAGGCAUUUGUUUAUGUAUCCACUGCAUUUGCUCAUUGUGUGCACAAUUUCAUUGAAGAAAGAUAUUAUCCUCCGCCUAUAGAAACGGAUAAGAUUUUGACCUUACUCGAUAUUCUAGACGAUGAAAAAUUAGAUAAAUUUACACCAACGUUAAUAGGCAAAUGGCCGAAUUCAUAUACAUAUACAAAGGCGAUCGCUGAAGAUACUGUUCGACAAUACAGUGUCGGAAUUCCAACCUGUAUCGUACGACCAUCGAUUGUAACAUCAACGGCCGAGGAGCCUGUAGAAGGCUGGAUCAACAAUGUCUAUGGUGCUGUGGGUGUAGUCAUGGGGAGUGCCGUAGGUUUGUUACGUACACUGCAUUGCGAUCCUGAAAAUGUGGCAGAGAUAGUGCCCGCAGAUUAUGUCAUUUCACAUUUCAUCGCCGCGAGUUGGGACACUGCCAAAAGAAAAAAUACUCUAUUGAGCAUCGAGAACGCGAAUCCGGAUGUUCCAGAAACCGAGAGAGCGCCGAUUUACAAUUACGUGUCGAUAUGUCAAAAUCCCAUUACUUGGAGAAGAUUCAUGAAAUUAAAUGAGCUGUAUGGCAUGCAGGUACCGAGCUUACACGUUCUCUGGUACUAUUUUUUUUUCCUCAACAAACAUAAAUUCGUGCACGAUUUUUGUACGAUAUUUCUGCACCUGAUACCUGCUAUUAUAACCGACACUGUGCUUUUUCUCAGCGGCCGAAAACCCAUGCUAGUGAAGGCAUAUAAGAAGAUAGACAAGUUCAGUGCUGUAAUAUCGCACUUCUCGACAAGACAAUGGCGAUUCAGCAACGACGCUGUUGUGAAGCUCUGGAGUCGUGUGAAUCCGGCUGAUCGACAGAUUUUCAAUUUUAAUAUAGAUAAUUUGAGUUGGGAUUCAUAUCUCAGACACAUGAUACCUGGUAUGCGCGUAUAUAUAGCUAAAGAUCCGAUGAGUACCUUAGACCAAGGACGAGAAAAAUAUAGAAAAUUGAAAAUCGCUCACUACACCCUGUUAACAGUUAUCACGACUUUACUAGUAUGGGGUGUUAUAAGUUUAUUAAUUCGUAUAAUGUCAUUUUUCUGAUCUUGUAGAAUUUUGUAACAAAUAAUUUUUACUUAGUAAAA